CAAGCGCCUAACGUACUGUACAUGCACAUCGCGACCGGCACUAAAGCAAAGGUUUCUGCAAAAAGUUCUGCAGACACGGAUCUUUCCUGCAGGGCAGCUAGACCUUGGGGACUGUGCGAAAAGAUGUCAAGCAGGCAACAUCACUGCCAUGUAACAGAACUUGACGAUGGGCGAGAAUGAAGAGAAAGUAUUGUUGGCGUCGUUGAUUGAUGACGUGAAGGCAUUCCUGACGCUGGAAAUCCCAGCUCUGCUUCCAGAAGAACUGACAGAAAGAAUAUUUGGUUUUCUGUCUGCCAAGGACCUGUGCCGGGCUGCCUUGUGCUCACGGGCAUGGAGAGAGAGGGCAAACAGUGAUGCGCUUUGGUCUGGGCUCUGUAAAGAGAGAGGAUGGCAGCGUUAUGGCACUGUCACCAACCUGAGCCGAGAAGUGCCCCUCAGUCCAUCAUUCACAGACAUCUCCCACACCACCCCAACAUUCCACUUUGACAACAUCUUGACCGGGCACCAAGUCCUGUCACCAACCUGCAAAUGGAAGCAGGUGUACAUGAGGGCGUGGCACCUGGAGCGCAACUGGUGUCGAGGGCGUUACCGGGUAGCACCAGUGAUGCGGGGACACCGGGAGAAAGUGACGUGCUUGGAUUGCGACGGAACCGUGCUGGUCAGUGGAAGCGUGGAUAAGACGGUUCGUGUGUGGGACCUUGUAAGCGGCGAGUGUACUCGCGUGCUGGAAGGGCACACAGACUCAGUAACCUGCUUGAGACUGAAAACCGGCAUUGUUAUGACUGGUUGCUCGGAUGGGUUUGUCCGCGUCUACGAUGUAAAGAGUGGGCUGUGUCAAAUGGUAUUCAGUGGCCAUGAACGAGGAGUGCAGUGUCUAUGUGUUGAAGGAGAGACUGUCGUCAGUGCAUCUGAUGACCGAUCCAUAAGGGUGUGGUCCCUAUCUCAAGGAAUCUGUACCCAGAUACUCCGAGGACACAGUGACGACAUUGAGGCUCUGAGCUGCCAUGGUAACCUGGUUGUGAGCACGUCCUGGGAUACGACCUUGAGGUUGUGGGACAUCAGUCACACGGGGGAAUGCCUACAUACCUUGCAGGGGCACACCGAGGUUGUCUUCUGCUGUCAGUUUGACCAGAGAAUUGUGGUGAGCGGUAGCGGGGACGGCCUGGUGAAGGUUUGGAGCACACAAUCCGGGGAAUGUCUGAGGACAUUGGAGGGCCAUGACGGGGACGUUUACUGCCUGUGUUUCAAUGAGAACGUCAUUGCGUCUGGGUCAGCAGACAGCACGAUACGACUGUGGACCCACAUGGGCGAACUUCUGAGGGUCAUGUGUGAGCACAUUGGAGUUGUGCGUUGCAUGUGUCUCCGUGGCAACAGGUUGGUGUCAGGGGGUGAUCGGAAAAAGAUCGUCGUCUGGGAUGCCCAGAACGGGGACCUGCUGAAUGUGGUUCAUCGGAACCCUAGUCUGGUGCACACCAUGUGGAUGAAUGAUACUCGUCUGGUUACUGCCUCUCCGGAAUCACCUGGUACUAUAACGUUCCUGAGCUACUGGUGAUGAGGCAACCAGACUAAUCAGAUGACCCACCAAUGCACACCAAAUAUUUCUCCCUUCUUUUUUGGAAUUAUUUUAUUUGCAGUGGUCUGGGUUGUAGAGAUUGUCUUAAGUAUCCUUUGAGUUUGGAGAACAUUAUUUUGUGUAUGUGUGUGCAGUGAAGAAUUCGUUCUUGAAGGACCGAGAGUUCAUUUUGAAUGUUCAAACCUAAGUAAUUUAUUAAGCUCCCCAUGAAAGUUUUAUUUUUGUUUUUAACUUGCAUGAAAUAGUUGGCCUUUGAUAUCGGAACAGAGCCUUUCACUUGGGCUAUGUUGGUCUUUCAUAGGUUUUACUUUUAAGGUCUUUUAAUUUAAAUUGCAUUAUCUGUGAAGUACAUUGCCAUUAAAGUUUCCAUUUCAUUAUAAAGAAGUUAA